GUAAGUCACCUUUCACUCUCUUUCUACACUCGUAGUGAACCCGUAGUAGUCUUAUUGUGGUCGCCUUGUAAAGCAUUGCUGCUACCGCAAAUAUGGCCCAACAGCUAGGCGUUCAGCCAUCGCUCGACACCAUUCGAGGAGUAUUGGCUGCGGUAGCCAACUCGCCCAACCCACCCAACCUCGUUCCCAUCUUCUCCUCGAUAUCCGCCGAAUUCCUGACGCCGUCGAGCAUAUACCUGAAAAUCUCAGCAAAAUCAAAGUCGAAGCUGUCAUUCCUCUUUGAGAGUGCUGCGACAACAGAGACGAUAGGACGGUACAGCUUCAUUGGCGCAGACCCGCGUAAAGUCAUCAAGACUGGUCCCGGCCAUGGGGAAGAGACAGACCCGUUACCCCUCCUUGAGAAGGAGCUUGCGAAGAGCCGCGUCGCAACCGUGCCCUCGAUACAACUACCUCCCAUGACAGGCGGGGCAGUCGGAUACGUGGGAUAUGAUUGCGUAAAGUACUUUGAGCCCAAGACACGCCGAGACGAUGUAAAAGACGUGCUCGGAGUGCCAGAAAGCUUCUUUAUGCUUUUUGAUACAUUGGUGGCUUUGGACCACUUUGCACAGGUUGUCAAGGUAAUAACUUACGUCCGGGUCCCGGAGAGCAUGGACAAACUGGAAGAAGCCUACGAAGAAGCCAAGGGCACACUGCAGAGAUAUGUAAAGAUGCUCAAGGCCAAGGAUGUUCCGCUGCCCGAACAAGGGCCGAUCCAGGUCGGCAACGAGUACUCAUCAAACAUCGGCCAAGAAGGGUACGAGAAUCAUGUGAAGACGUUGAAGAAGCACAUUAGCGUUGGCGACAUCAUCCAGGCAGUACCCUCGCAGCGAUUUGCAAGACCCACCUCUUUGCAUCCUUUCAACGUCUAUCGAAACCUUCGAAACGUCAACCCGUCGCCCUACUUGUUCUAUGUCGAUUGUGAAGAGUUCCAAAUAAUAGGAGCCAGUCCGGAGCUAUUGGUAAAGGAACAUCAGGGUCGCAUCAUUACGCAUCCCAUCGCGGGUACAGUCAAGCGCGGUAAGACGCUGGCAGAAGACGCAGCACUUGCCGAAGAACUAUCGAACUCGCUCAAAGACCGAGCUGAACAUGUGGGUGCCCUUGACGACAAGCUGCAUGGACGACGUUGA